CUUAAAGACAACCCCAGAGGGCCUGCCUUUGUAGUUGUUAAUAAGAACUGAAAAAAAAAGUUCUUAAACGAUGUUUGCUGGUUUGGGCCGCCGCCGGGAACAACUCUGGUUGUCCAUUCUAGAUUAGAUGUUCAGACAGCAAGCACAGCCCAGCCAGUUGGAUUGCUUGGCGCCUAAUCCACAGGGGCCGCCAGGUCCAGAGUCUGAGACGAGCAGUCACAGCUUCCGCACUCACCAAACUCCGCCCGGGGACAGAAAGGCCGUUUCCGGCUGGUCAGAGCUUGGCGCGGGGGAACUCCGCGGCGAAGUCUAGAGCUCCUCCAUGCGUACGUAGCCGGCGGGGGCCAGCGUCACGUGCCCAACGUGCACUGAUCUCGCGCCUGCGCGCUGCUGUCCUAUUCGCUCCGCUACCGGGCAAACUUGCCUUCUCGCUAGAUCGUCACUUCCGACGGACGCUUGGCGUCAUUGGGAUCGUCACUUCCUGCCAGUACCGGUGUGGACGGUGCGGGUCGUGGCUGCCGGUUCUCCGGUUUUCCCCCUCCCCUACUUUCCUCCCUCCCUCCCUUUCCCUCCCUUGGCGGCUGUCGGUCGCCCGUCGCAGACUCCCUGACCCAUCCCCAACCCUUUCCUGACCUCGGUGCUACCCGAUUGGCCUCUUUUUCUUGUUUCUCGGCCCAGCCCCAGCCCCCAGUGUCAGGGCGGGGGCCUUGAGCCAGAGGCUCUGCGGCAGAGGAAGGAAAAGACAAGACGACCCUCGGCUCCACAGCCGGAUCGCUCGGUUCGCCGCCGCCAUGGCAAUGAGGCAGACGCCGCUCACCUGCUCGGGCCACACGCGGCCUGUGGUCGAUUUGGCCUUCAGUGGCAUCACGCCCUAUGGCUAUUUCUUAAUCAGCGCUUGCAAAGACGGGAAACCUAUGCUACGCCAGGGAGAUACCGGAGACUGGAUUGGAACAUUUUUGGGUCAUAAGGGUGCUGUUUGGGGCGCGACAUUGAAUAAGGAUGCCACCAAAGCAGCUACAGCAGCUGCAGAUUUCACUGCCAAAGUGUGGGAUGCUGUCUCAGGAGAUGAAUUGAUGACCCUGGCUCAUAAACACAUUGUCAAGACUGUGGAUUUUACGCAGGAUAGUAAUUACUUGUUAACCGGGGGACAGGAUAAACUGUUACGCAUAUAUGAUUUGAACAAGCCUGAAGCAGAACCUAAGGAAAUCAGCGGUCACACCUCUGGUAUUAAAAAAGCUCUAUGGUGCAGUGAGGAUAAACAGAUUCUUUCAGCUGAUGAUAAAACUGUCCGCCUUUGGGAUCAUGCUACCAUGACAGAAGUGAAAUCUCUAAAUUUUAAUAUGUCUGUUAGCAGUAUGGAAUAUAUUCCUGAGGGAGAGAUCUUGGUAAUAACCUAUGGACGAUCUAUUGCUUUUCAUAGUGCAGUAAGUUUGGACCCAAUUAAGUCCUUUGAAGCUCCUGCAACCAUCAAUUCUGCCUCUCUUCAUCCUGAGAAAGAAUUCCUUGUUGCAGGUGGUGAAGACUUUAAACUUUAUAAGUAUGAUUAUAAUAGUGGAGAAGAAUUAGAAUCCUACAAAGGACACUUUGGUCCUAUUCACUGUGUGAGAUUUAGUCCUGAUGGAGAACUCUAUGCCAGUGGUUCUGAAGAUGGAACAUUGAGACUAUGGCAAACUGUGGUAGGAAAAACAUACGGCCUUUGGAAAUGUGUACUUCCUGAAGAAGAUAGUGGUGAGCUGGCAAAGCCAAAGAUCAGUUUCCCAGAGACAACAGAAGAGGAGCUAGAAGAAAUUGCUUCAGAGAAUUCAGAUUCCAUCUAUAGUUCAACUCCUGAAGUGAAGGCCUGAGCAUUGGGCAUAUGCCACAGAUAAUGUACAAGUUAUGGACUAAAACAAGCAAGCAGAGAAAAGCAUCAGCCUCCCAGAGUUACUCUCUGCUUAAGGCAAACAUGAGCAGUAAAUAAUGGGGAAUGUGAAUUAGCUCCAGUGCUGGAACUAACUUGGUGUAACCUGUACGUGAAAAGGCAAGAGUAUCAGAUGAAGGCAGGUGGAAUUAGGCUCUUGUGGUAUGAUGGCCUGUUGUCUUUUUAAUGAAUAUGUGCAAGCCAACAUCCAAUUUCUCUUAUUACAAUUAGAUUUCUUGUAGCUGUUUAUGUUAUUAUGGAGAAGAAAAAUAUAUUGGCCUAUUUUUCUGACUUUUCCCUUAAAGCAGAAAGCCUUUUUUUUUUUUUUUUUUUUGCUUUAGUUGUAAAGAAGAGGGAAUACAUGAUAAAGUAAUUGGUUUGAUUUCUCUUUCAUUGUACAUUGCUUCUGAAUAUCUAAUUGUUUUAGUUGUCUAAAUAAAAUGCCUCUAAACAAAACAAUGUUUGUUUCCUGGGAAAAAUGUAGAUUUGAGUUUAUAAAUGGAAAUUGCCAAAAGUUUUUCUACAUUAUAACUAUAUCAAAAGACAAUAUGGUUAAACAAUCUUUAGUAAACAUAUUGUUUCCUAAUUUUGAAAUUCAGUUACUUGUACUGGAUUUUUAAAAUUUCCAUGUUUUUCGCUGGGUUUGCAUUUACCUUCCUCUUGCAUUGGAUAGAAAUGCUUGACCUGCUUUUUAAAAAAAUUUCAGAGUAAUGACUUACUUAAGUGACACAUGCUAGUUAUAAGAAAAAAAAUAAGGUGAGUCAGAAUUGGCAGAAAGCAGGAAAAUCGCUUGAAAUCGCACCAUCCCCCAAAUCUGUUAAAAUUCAGUGAGCAUUAAUGGCAUUUUUGUGUAUCUGUAUGUGUGUAUGCAGAUAGAAAAAAGUGGGAUAAUUGUAGAUCUGCAAUGUUUAUUUUACUUUAUCCUUUAAGCGCAGAUGGCAUUCAAAAAACCUUUUUACCAACCUUCUAAUAAAAUGGGUCAACUGGG